AAUGUUCUCACAGCUGGAGCCAAAGAUCAUUCACAAGCAGUUAUCCAGUGUGUCCACGCUGAUAAGCUUUACAUUAAGCACAAGAACAGGCCAUGGGAAUGAGUGGACACUUCAAAAGAUUGCGAAACUGUGCGAGUCAUGCCAUUUUUUGAAUUCCUGGCUGGGAGCAUUUCAGGUAGAACACGUAAUAACUUAAAACAUAAAACACAACACAUGCAGGAUAAUGGGUUGUCCUUGUUGGCUGUUGCAGGAGCAGUGGGACUUGCAGUUGGACAUCCAUUGGACACUGUGAAGGUGCGUUUACAAGCGCAGACUGUGUACGAAGGGAUAUGUCACUGUGUGGCUCAAACAUACUCACAUGAAGGAAUCCACGGGUUCUUCAAAGGCAUGUCCUUCCCUGUGCUGACCAAUGGCAUAGUCAACUCCAUCGUGUUUGGAUCCUACAGCAACGCUUUAGAUUUUCUGACUCAGUCGCAGCCAUGUCCCAGCAAACCAGCCUCUGCAGCCCACAUCUUCGGCGCUGGGUGUUUCUCAGGUUUGGUGCAGGUGCUGGUUUGUGCACCAAUAGAUCUGGUGAAGGUGCGCCUGCAGGGUCAGACAUGCACGAACCGUUACCGUGGACCCAUCCACUGCCUGGCUGUCAUACUGAGGGAGGAGGGACUCAGGGGUCUGUACAGAGGAGGCAUGGCCCUCGCUCUGAGGGAUAUACCCUGUUAUGGACUCUACUUCCUGCCUUAUGAGGUCACUCGUAAGGCUCUGACAGAGGCUGGAGAGCAGCCUGGCACCUUCACAGUUCUGACGGCAGGUGGCGUGGCGGGUGUGGUGACCUGGGCCUUCGCCACGCCCAUGGAUGUCAUCAAAGCUCGGCUGCAAAUGUCCGGAGCCGGGGGUCGGCAGUACAGCGGGGUCGUCCACUGCAUCAGAGUGAGCGUGAGGGAGGAAGGACUCCGAGUCCUCUUCAAAGGCCUCCUACUGAACAGUCUGAGAGCGUUUCCCAUCAACGCCAUCACCUUCCUCUGCUACGAGAGCCUGAUGAAGAUUCUCCGUCCUCCAGGAGAGUAAACCGCUGUUGUGGAUUUUUUAAAAUCUAGAACCUGACUCUAUACGGCUGUUUUUAGUUGAUCUUCAUAAAGAAGGAGUGUUUGUGUAGAAUGAGUCUUCUUGUGACUGUGUUAAUGUCGCCAAUUAUAGUUCAUAACUAAGUUUUUAAAUCUUUAGUUUUUAAAUACAAAGCAUUUUCUUCAAUAGGGAUACCGAUACUUGCUUUAUCAAAACAAGUGACAUACAAAAUAUGAACUUUGGUCAAACAGAACGUUACCUUUGAAUACAAACUGUGACUUUAACAUUUUUAUUUUUAAACAUCCUUGAAGCCGAGAUGAGGUUUGUGUUGGAACAGGUCAGUCCAGUGGCAGACAUUGGUUUCUUUCCUCUUCUUCCCAAAACAACUUUCACAUCCACUGUUUUUCUCGUGUUUUUUUUUUCAACACAAAACAGAUUAAAUAAAUUAACCAAACAGUUUAAAACAUGAUUUAUUUUCUUAUUUGCAUGUUUUGUCUCCGUUGAGUGGAGUGUGUGCAUCCAUGCUUCAACAGGCCUGGUCCAUCUUUGCUCAAAACGUUACCAUCAAAACUGAAAGAGGAGAGUAUUUUAACAUAUCUUUGACGUAAAACAUGGCAGGAAAAAAAUCACAAGUGUGACCUUCAGCUCUCCCUACUGCUCAUGGAUUCUUUCAAUGCAGCUUUUACUCUUUAUUCAACUGUUUGUGGCUUUUUUUGGGUCCAUGAUCUUGUCCAAAUCCAAGGCAUCUUUGCAAGUAUGAAUUCAAGAGCCAAUUACGUUACAGCGAAGUGACAAAGCGGUAGGAAUGUAAGAAAAUAUCGAUAUAGCAAUAUAUCACGAUAUAUUUUCCUGCGAUAUUAUAUCGAUGUUCAAAAGCUGUGUAUCGAUUUUUUUGGAAGAAUUUACGUGCAAACAUUUGUGUAUUUUCUUUUCUUUUGGUGCAAAUCAAAUGCCGUCCGCUAGUCAGCAGUAGGGUGCAAUGGAGUUUGUUUCCACCACUGAAAUGUAAAUCCCUCUAUUAUGGUUCAGAUACCUCAUGUUAAUCGUGUUAAGUAUCAGUUUGGACCAUUUAUUGAAUUUUCUUAUAAUAAUUUUAGCCUAAAAAAAUCGCUAUAAUUGUCCGACUGAAUGUAUCGCAAUAUAUCGUGAUAUAUCGUAUCGUCUCCCCUGUAUCGUGAUAAUUAUCGUAUCGCCAGAAUUUCACCAAUACACAUCCCUACAAAGCGGCCCAAAUUCGAAGGAUAAUCGAAAUGCGUCCACGUUUUACCUGGAUUACGAAGACGGUUCAAGUGUAUCCUCACUGGCGAAGGCUAUCCAAGGACUCAUUUUGGGUCGAACUCUAGAUUUUUGUUCUUGUAAUUAUGGCGGCUAAAACCGGAGCGGAUUGCCGUUUUAAGUGUAUUAAUGUCAGGCAAUAAAAACUUGGCGUACUUGAGUUGUUUGGUUACCAUCAUUUGCAUUUUUGUCUAAAACAAUACCAAUCCUCGUAAACGAGCUUGUACGGCAGGUCUUGUAUUUCUUCAUGCAUUGCAACUACAGUAAGUUUAGUUUUAACUUCUGUUCAUCGCCAUCAUGGUUACUAGGCAACAUGACAUACACUGAGGUGGGGGCGGGAAUAAAUACGAAGGCUAGGCAUCCAAAAUCACAGCCGCUCACUUCUAGCCUUACUGGUGCUUUUCUACAGGAAAUGUAAGCACUGCGGAUCAUAGUACGCAGCAGUUGGCCACCGUUAUAGUGGAUGGGUAUGUUUCUGCCGGCCAUUAAGCAUAAUGUUUUGAAAGCGUUCGAGAAGCGUAGGUACGCGUUUAGCUUUGAGUCCAUUUUUUCCACGCCACACUUCCACAACACAUUAAACUCCGUGGUUCAGGUUGGACCAGACAGGAAUUUGAACACGAAAGCAGGGAAACAUCCAGAAACUUUCAAAAUAAAAGUCGCACAGAUUUCCAGUUGCUUAACUAGCACAAAAAAAGUAUGUCAGUUCCUGUGACACCUUCGUAGCGUGGUAAACAGAACAGAAAAUAAACCACAGGCCUUUUUGGAUACAUGCUGUCACCUUUCUCCUUGCUUGUUACCAUGUGAACUAAAUCACGUGUGGUAUUUUAAUAGUGUAUUCUGCAGUUGCUAAAAAUAGAUUGCAUUGCAAUGUUAUGCCACAUUGUGGAAUGUAGCCCUAGACAAGCGUGACCUAUGGGUCUGAGUCGCUCCACUCGUCUCAAAGUGGUAUUUUCAUCUUCUAAAUAUGUUCAACAGGGAAGGACCCAAGCAUUGCUGUGGGGGGGAGGUGCUAAUUGGACUCUAGAGCAGAUGUCAGAGAGGGGACGUAUAUUUUUUUAAUCCAUUUUUUCCAAAUCCGGGUAAGGUCCGCAACAAUUUCAAACAGCUGGAAGGGGAAAUGGGCCGAGGUAAAGACAGACAAAGCAAAUUGGCGUCAUUAUUUAUGUGGAAGAGCGGAUACUAUAACACUCUCAGAUGAGCUAUCCAGGAGGCAGCGGUGUAAACAAUGGGGGCCAGCUGCACAUCUUGGCCAGACAGCAUCUAAACGUAAAUGAAUGAGAUUUUGACCAGAGGUGGGUGGUAUGUAUAAAAGUUGUGAAAGUAAAAGUAAAGCUUAGAGAAAAUGAUACGAGAGCACUGUGAGUAAUGGUUAACUGUUUAAGCAAACAAAAGUUUGAAUUUUGUGUCUGUUGGGUUGUUUGUGUUGAUGCCCAAGUGCUCGUGAUUGGUAAAAGCAAUUUGUUUAUCUAGCAUUAGCACCCAGCAGCACUUGCAUGGUGACGUCAACGGUAGAACACGCCGUUCUCCUGAGAUCUUGUGACCUUGCCGGACCCACUGGGUGGAACAGUUUUGCUGCUGUAAAAGGGAGCUUGUAGGUCUAUUACGGUACGGUACAUACAUCGUAUACGAUACAUGACGCGCUGCUUACACUUCCAGUGGAAAGGCUUGAUUAACUAUCGAGGAAAGACCCAACCAACGCGAGUAGGCUGUGUCCUUACAAGGAUGCUACCCCUGAAUUUGGACACUUGUGUUCUUGUCCACAUCGUUAACAGACGUGGGGUUACCAAGUUGACCCUAACUAGCCACACCUUAACAAAUCACAAGUGGCUACCCUGGUAACCCGAAUGUGCCACUGUCAGACGUUUAACUAUGUUUGAAAUCAAAACACUCUUUAUGCAGCAUGUAUAUUGAGGCCCUGUCCACACGUAGCCGGGGAUCUGCCAAAACGUAGAUAUUUUUCUACGUUUUGGCCUGUCAUCUACACGGAAACGGAGUUUUUUCACACGAAAACGGAUCUUUUUAAAAACUCCGGCCAAAGUGAAGAUCUGCGUUUUCUCCGUUUUGGGUGUCUGCGUGUGGACAGACAAAACCGGAGUUUUAAGGUCCGCAACGUCACUUUCCACAACAAAAAAAUGCUGACAUCACGUGUGCGACCUGUGUUUACACUAGCCGACAGCAUGGAUGCCCUCAGAGCUGCGCUUGCUUUAUCAAUUGUCCAAGCGCUUUUUGCUUGUUUGUUUUUGCAAGCGGAAUUACUGCUCCUUGUGGAAGACCACAGACGAAGGACGAGGUUAAGAACGGGGGAAGUACUGCCACCUACAGGUCUGGCAUGUCCUUAACAACGUAUUUAUCCGGGUACGUGCGGACAGUUUUUUUUUAAACAACGUGGUGUGGAUGCAAGUUUCUGGAGGGGCGGAUAUUCGUUUUAAAAAAAAAACGGCUACGUGUGGACUAGGCCUGAAUGUAAGCAUUUAGUCUCGGCUCAGA